AUGACAGCCUUUCAGCCCCCCUCAAGAACAAAGACGCCGUUAAAGAAUUAUAAAGUUGUUCUAAAGGAGGACAAGCCAAGACGGGUGACUCCAUCAGUUUACACCCUGGAGAUGUUACAGUCCACAGAGGAGCACCUGGCAAACACCAACGAGGUGCACCCGCCUCGCAUCCUGGAACUGCUUGACAUGAGCAAGACUACGCAUCACAAUUUGUCCUUGGUGGAUAUGGAUCAGCCGCUUUUCCAGCCCUACCCAUCUGAGCUGGUCUUCCAGAACUUCACUCCUGCACAGACCUAUAAGUUACAGCUACAUCUCUUCAACAAAGACAAGGUUUCACGACAAGUGAGGCUGGAGCUGCAGGACUCAGAAUAUUUCCAUGUGGUCGGUCCAAAGGAGACAGGUAGCAAGGUUGUACCAGGGAUGUCUGCUACUUUCGUAGUCUCCUUCACCCCACAGGACAACAAGGACUACCACCACAGACUGGUUUUUGUGACAGAGAGAGAGCGGUUUGAGGUUCCAGUCCGUGCCAUUGGACCACGUGCCAUUCUUGACUUUCCCGACGAGUUCCAUUUACCUGUCUGUCCUGUGAAAGCCUCCACAGAGAAGACUCGCCUAGUCCGCAACAUAGGAAAUAGCAAGGCUAAGUUCACGCUACACACACAAAGGCCUUUCUCAGUGACGCCCUCCUCUGGUACUCUUGAUGUUGGUGAGAGCAUGCAGGUUACUGUGAAUAUCAACCCAAUGACUGUAGGAGACCACAGCCACGACUUGAUUCUGCACUACCACACUGGUGAAGACGUGUACAUCAGCUUGUAUGGGGCUUGCAAGGAACUGAACGUCCAGCUUAAGUCUGAGUCUGUCCUGCUGAAGAAAACAUACAUUUCCCUGUCCACCGUACACACAGUGUCCCUCACCAACAGAAGUGAUAUCCCUCUUCAGUACUGUUGGACAACAUGGUCCAGCCUGCAAGAGGAGGCCCUGAGCUUAUUGAGGGAGAGCUCACUGCUCCAGCAGAAGGAGGCGGGGGAGAGGGAAGGGUUGCUUUUUCAGUGUGAGGCCGACCCGACAGCGAUCCAUCGCCUGCCGCUGCUGUCCAGAGCUGUGCAGGAACGCAGAAGCCAGGCUGUGCAGGACCACCGCCUGGCUCUCUCACAGAGCUGCAUAACUGUGGAACCAGCGGAGGGUGAAAUAUGGCCCAACCUUACAGCACAGUUUGUCAUUGUCUUCAAGCCUGAAGAGGCCAAACUGUACCAACAAACCAUAUACUGCGAUGUCACAGGCCGUGAAACUCGGUUACCUCUGACAAUAAAGGGUGAGGGCAUUGGACCUAAACUCCAGCUCAACUAUAAUCUGAUGAACAUGAAAAAUGUGUUCAUGGGUGACAAAGAUUGCUAUGAGGUGCAGCUGUCCAACAGAGGACUGAUUGAUGCCCCUUUCAGGAUGUCAAGCCCCGACACCACUUUUGGCCGCUGUUUCUCUCUAAAUCCUGAGGAAGGUGUUGUUCCCUCUGGGGCCUGCCAGAUUGUAGAAGUCACCUUCCACAGUCACAUCUUGGGAACUUUCUCUGAGGACUUGCUGCUAACUGUCACAGGACAGCCUGAACCACUUACCUUGACCUUCAGGGGUUGUGUCAUUGGUCCCACAUUUCACUUUAAUGUUUCAGAGAUCAAUUUUGGAGAUGUAGGCUUCGGUUUCCCAAGAACACUGAUUUGUUCCCUCUUCAACACCUCCUAUGUGCCUAUGACCUUUGCCCUGCGUGUCCUGGGUGACGGAUUUGGUUCUCCCAGUGUAACUUGGGACAAACAGUUGUCUGACAUGUCCAGGAAUGAUUGGCAAGUCAGUGAUGCAACAAGAGACAUUCAUGCACAGCCUGUUGAGUUCACCAUUAGUCCUGCUGCGGGCUCUGUGCCUUCCCUGUCAGAUGUCCCCAUUAAGGUGACGCUGUGUGCCAACACAGUGAAGAGCUACAGGUUGUUGCUGGCGGUGGAUGUAGAGGGUGUUGGGGAUGAGAUUGUGACUCUGCCUAUCUUUGCCAGGUGUGUUGUUCCUGAUAUUGUGGUGGAGACUCCAGUGUUGGACUUUCAAAGGUGUUUCCUCAAUCAUCCUUAUGAACAGAAAGUGCGACUAAUCAACACCAGCACUCUGCCAGCCUGCUACGCCGUGCUUGAUCAGGAAUAUGAGGAAAGCCCAUCAUUAAGUUGUGGCAGUUCUAUACCCAGAGGAGUGAUUCUUCCUCACAGUUCAGAGGAGAUUCCUGUGUUUCUGUUGGCCAAGGCCAUUGGAAGGCUACAUCACACUCUACGCAUUGCUGUGUUCGGCAGCAUCCUGCCACCCUUGGAGGUGGUCUUUUUAUGUACUGGGCAGGGACCAAUAGUCCAUGUUCAGAGCCCGCAGCUGGACUUCGGCAGAAUCCAGGUCCUGACAGACAGUACUCGAGUCCUGUACCUGUCAAACCAUUCACCUAUUCCAGCUCACUUUACCGCUCGCAUGCAGUGCCGUAGAAGGUCCUCUUGGCGAGUUGAGCCCAGUGAUGGGGAAGUGCCACCAGAGAGCCAGCUGGAGCUCAGGGUAGUGGCACACCUGAAGGACACGCUUGUCUAUGAGGACAGGCUGGAAGUAUCUGUCCAGCACAGUCAAACACACACUGUCCCUCUCUCUGCCACAGGCACUGGCACCACAAUCCUCAGUGACAGGCCUUUUGCUCCCAGCCUUGAGCUAGGCACAUACCUCUGCAAUGGGUCAUGCCAGUACCACUUCAAGCUGACCAACCAUGGACAGCGAACACACAGGCUGUACUGGCGGACUGAUGGCUUUCUGCUCUCCUCACAAACCCGCAAGGAGGGAAGCUUAUCUGGCCGAACUGUCCUGCCCCCAAUCUCUGCUCCUAGGAUGAAUGACAUUCUUGGCCAUAGAUCUGUGCACUCCUCACGCAGAGAGAAGCCGGUUUUCAGCCUCAGCCCUUCUCGUUUGGAGCUUUUCCCAGGCUGCUCUGUUGACAUGGUGCUGACGGGAUCUUCUGACUCCCCCAGGGUUGUACGGGAGCGUCUCAUGUGCCAUGCCAUUGUGGGUCACCAGAGCUCUUAUGAGCACAUUAUGUCUGUAGAUGUUACCUGUCACUUUGUGGCUACUACACUGUGCAUUUCCUCCAAGCAGCUGAACUUCUAUAUAAAGAAGGUCCCAGGAAAGAGUUUAAUGCCCCUAUAUGAGAAGCUGAUCUUGAAGAAUGUGUCAUCUCUGUCUCUGUCCAUUGAGCUGUCUCUUGUAGAGCCAUUCUCCCUGUGUGAGGCUCCAGGAGCCCGUAGCUCAGCUACCACUAAGUCUAUGGUUUUAGGUGACGGGAGGCAGGCUGAGUUGUGGGUGUGCUUUAAUCCAGCCUACUGUCUGGAUCGGGUGUCGCGAGUCGUGGAUGAGUUCCUUAAAGUCCACUACCAGGGACAUCCACAGCAAGACAUGGUGAAGCUACACGCUGAGGUCCACUUCCCCAACCUGCACUUCUCCUCCACCAUAGUGGAUUUUGGCUGUGUGCUCAACUACACAGAGACUCAUAGACAAAUCUGGAUCACCAAUUGCUCCCCACUCCCUGUGUCCUACCGCUGGGCUUUCCUAGAUGACCAGAAGCACAACACCAUCAGAGAGAAAGAGAUGCUGGAGGCAGAGCAGGAGCAAAGAAAUCCUGAAAAUGAGAUCGAAGAAGGGUGGAGUUCCUCUAGAUCAGCUUCUGCUGCCUUUUCAGUUCCACCUGGUGCAGAUGAGAAGCGCAGCACACAGAGCACUGUCCAUGUGUUUGAUAUCUUGCCUAAUUAUGGUCAUCUGCAACCUGGGGACAGGCAGCUAGUAACACUCUGUUUCUACGGCCACGAAAAUGUCAGCAGAGAAGUGGUGGCACAGUGCAUAGUAGAGGAGGGCCCUACAUACAAAAUCGAACUCAGAGGAGAAUCAUCUGUAAUCAGCUACAGCCUUGACUCAACCCAUGUGGAAUUUGGUGCGCAGCUAUUUGAUCAUGAAGGGGAGGCUGAGGUGACCCUUAGGAAUACUGGCAAGUUGGGCUUUGAAUUUAGGAUCAUAGACCCUGAAAGAGAGGAUGAGGCAGAUGAGGAGGCAGGGGGACAGAGGAAGGUCGUGGAAGAGGCCAAGCAGCCAGAUGCAGAGCAGCAAAAAGACUUUGAGCAAAAUGAGAAAGGACAGGAGGUCAGACCGGGCCGGCCCAUGGUCAUCCCCACCACAGGUUACGUUGACGCUGGUGCUGUGCAAUGUCUGCGUGUGCUCUACCUCCCGGGCGUUCCUGAGGUGUUUGAGAAGCGGCUGCAGCUGCAGGUGGCCUUCCUGCCACCGCAGGACAUCACAAUGACUGGAGAGGGAAUAUUCCCAAGGAUCAGCCUGAACUUGCCACAAAACCUGUCAGAGGAGUGCUACAGUGAUGUGGUGCAGCAGGCCAGAACAGCUGUGAAGGCAGAUAGAGUCAAAGUGGAGCUUAUGAAUGGAAUUACCACUGGUGGAGGAGCAACAGCAGAGGCCGACUGCACACUCACCUAUGAAGAGCUGCUUCACAUGGAGAUCGAGAGAAUGUUGGUCAAAGACAAUGCUCUCGCUGUGGCCGACAGUCUGUUGGAGCUCGGAGACUCGCAAGGUUCCUCGGGAAAGUGGCACAAACUUAGCAAGUUCCUGCUCCCAGAGUAUGUUUUGGAUUUUGGUUGUGUCAUUCCAGGCAAAGUCAUCUGUCACACUGUAAAUGUCACCAAUACUGGGUCGGUGGCUGUAUCCUUCCAUGCCAAUCUCAAACCUCUAGCUGGCACAGGUUUCAGUGCAGAAAUUAAAAGGGUGAAAAACCUACCCUGCGGUGGAACACAGGCCUUCACAGUUAAAUUUGAUCCCCAAGGAGUCAACCUUAAGAUGGGAGAUAUAAGUGUUAUCAUGCCAAUACAGGUCAUGUGUGGUCCAGUGGUCCAGGUGCGGCUGUGUGCACUGGUGACUGUGCCAGCCAUCAGUGUUUCCACAGAUGCACUGCAGUUUGACACUGUGCGGUGUGGCAUGUGUCAGAUGAAGACAAUACAGCUGUUUAAUCACGAGUCUGUCCCCUGCUACUGGAGCAUAGCUGAGGAGGUGAAGCCUUUCAAAAAGGUAGAUAAGUUCCUGCCUCUCUACCAGCGUAAGAAGGUCUUGCAGGAGCUGCGACCGCCUCCAGCGGUGUUUGAGAUGGUUCCCAGCUCUGGCAUGCUGUCCCCCGGUGAACGAGUCAAUGUCCAGAUAAAGUUCAGCCCUGCUGAGGGGCAUGUUUACAGCAGGCAGCUAGUGGUCCAUGUGGCUGAGAGCACCCAGCAGGUGUUCCUUACAGCCGAGGGGCAGGGUGAGGAGCCACAACUUGAGUUCUGCCCAUCUGUGCUGGAGCUGGGGCCUUGCCUGCCUGUCAGCACGGAGGCUGAAGCUGAGCUCACCGUCAAAAACCCCUGCUCUUUCCCCAUUGAGUUCUACUGCCUGGAGUUGGACACACAGUAUCUCGAGGAAGAAAAGAUCCUGUGUCUGAUGCAAGGUUAUGAUGAGAACAACAAAUUACUGCUGCCCCCCAGGGCUCCUGGAGAAAGUCUUCCCAAAGAACUGCUUGACUACUACAAGGAGUACUGCUCGCAGCUGAAGGAUGACGAUGAGCUGAACGCAGGCUUGGAUGAAAAAGAAGCUGGGAUGGAUGACACACACGAGGAAGAAAAGAGGUCAAGACAAAACAAUGCCCAUCUACCAGACAACAAAGAGGAAGAAGCGCAUACUAUAACCGUGAAACCAGUUGAAUUACUCAUUUCAGAGAUGACCAAAGAGGGAAGCAGUGUGAGACUGGGGCAGCUAGAGAUGACCCCUGUCUCCAGAGCAAUUGCUCGCCACAUGUGUGUUGACCUGUCACCUGAAGGUCUGGCUGCACGCAAUCGCAGAGGCAUUGCUAUUAUUGUAUAUGGAGCCCCACUGACAGAUAAAAACAGCACAGCGGCUGCUCUGGCGUGUCAUUACAGAGCGGCCUGUCUGAGUGUUGAUGCUGUGGUUACAGAUGCACUGAUAAAUGGUACUUCACCUGCAAGGCAACUCUAUGACUGUGCUGCUGCGCAGUAUGCUGAGAAGAAGGCUGGGGAGACUGUUGAAGAAACCACAGGACCAGGACCUGCAGCAGAUCUUGAAGCCUCAGAUCCAUCUCCAGCUUCACAUGAUACUGUGGAAGCCAGCACGAACAGCUGCAGUAGAAAUGACUCCAAAGCUCCUCAGGAGACUGAAAACACACACUUUGCCCUCUGCCUGGGAGGAGAUGUGACGACGCUCAGCAAUCUUUUGCCAGAACAGCUACUAGUCGAUAUCCUGGCGGAAAGAUUUCAGCUAAGCGAUUGUCACCGUGGCAUAGUGAUCGGUGGCCUGCAGUCUGUCUACACUCAGUCAGUGGCAAGCACGCUGCAAGUUGUUCUCAAGGCCCUGAACAACCGCAAACUCAUCUAUGUGAUCAACCUGUCUGACUCCUACACUGCCCUGAAGGCACGGGAGAGAGCACAAAGAGAAACUGAGGAGGCUCUGCAAAAAGAGAAAGCUGACAGGGAGGAGCAGUGGCUGCAGGAGCUGGAUGAGGAGGAGUAUGAUGCUCUGCCAGAGGAGGAGAAAGAGCGUGUUGUCCAGCGAUAUGGAGAAAAACUCAGACAGAAGAAACUCAGGGAGCUUGAGAGAAUAGUGAAAGAACAGGAAGAAAAGAGACAAGAGGAGGAGAUGAAGAGGCUGAGAGAAGAAGAGUUGAAGAAGAAGAGCAAAAAGGGUGGAAAGAAGGACACCAAAGAAGUGUCGAGGAAGAAGAGCUUGCUGGAGGAAAAGCAGUCAACAGAUGCAUUGAACGGGCAGAGGGUGUCUUCCGGGAACAACUCUAAAGAGUCGCUCGUGGACACAAAAGAGCAACAUAAUUUAAAUGAAGUGCAUCAUAGCAAACAGGCUGAUGAUUUACAAAAGCAGACAGAAGAAACCAAAGCAUUAAAUGCAGAGUCUCCUCAACCCACAGACCAGCUGGAGAGAGAAAAGAGUACAGAAGCUGCAGAGAUGAAGAGGCUAAGAAAAGAAAAAGAGUUGAAGAAAAUUAAAAAUGGGGGAGAGAGAGAUAAUAAAGAAGAAUCAGGGAAAAAGGGCCUGUCUGAUCGAAAGGAGUCAACAGUUGCGCUGGAUGGUCGUCAGUUGUCUCUCUGCAACACCUCUAAAGAGUCACAACUGGACACAAGACAGCAACAUCAUUUAAAUGAAGCUGCCAGCAGAUUGCAUCAAAGCAAAGAAGCUGAUCAUUCACGUGAGGUGACAGACGAAGCCAAGGGAUUACAGGCACAGUAUCCUCAACCUGCAGGCAAGAUGGAGGGAGAAGUGUCAAGUGUGGAUGAGCUGCAGUCUCAGUUCAGUGCAUAUGAGCACAGCCAGGAGCAGGUGGAGCACAUCUUGCAGCACUGGGACCGAGUCCAUGGCUUGUUGCUUGUCCCAUUCCCCAGUGAAGAGGCCCCACUGGUGUCAGAGGAUGCCACAACAGAGAAGCAGUGCAUCACCAAGAGCAGCAAGAAAGCCAUUAGCAAGGCCAUGUCUCCCAUGCCCAGUCAGAUGGCAGCACCAGCUGAUGCAAGUAUGGCAGGAGACAAAGUGUCCCCACAGGACAUCAUCCCUCACAUUGUGCUGAAUGUAACAGGGAAAGAUUAUCCAAGCACUACAGAGCUGCUGAAAGGCAGCGCUCUGCCUCCACUGGACGAGGUGUUAGAUGAUUUGGGCUUGGGACCCAAUGGCCCACCCAUCCCUCCUCCCACCACCUUCUCCAUGGUUCCUUUCCCCAAGAACAGGCAGCAAUCUAACCUCACCUGUGACUGUUUCACCUUCCUGCUUCCCUUGAGGCUAGACCAACAGGGUGCGGAGAGAAAAGAUCAAGAGGAAGAUGUACAAGCAUCAGUUGUAAAGGAAGAGGCAGCAGCAACACCUUCCAAAAGUCGCAGAAAGGACCAGGAUAAAAAGGGUAGAGAGAGUCAGAGGAGCAGGAGACGAACACUGUUACGGGACUCCUCCACAUCUGACUGCACCGAACCAACACAGCAAGACCAGCACCAAGGAACUUUAGAGCUGAAACGCAACCAGAGCCUGACAACAUUUCGCUGGGUUGUACCAGCCAACGGUGAGGUGGUUCUGAAGAUCUGGUUCUACUCAGACUCCCCAGGGAAGUUUGAACAGACCUUCAACUUUGAGCUGCUGGGGACGCAGAGACACUACCAGCUCAUCUGCAGAGGAAUUUGCACCUACCCCUCCAUCUGCAAAGACUACAAGACUCUUUUUGCCCUCAGUAAGAAAGUACCUAAAGUGGAAGAAGGGAUCCAGAAGACUUACGUGAUCAAAUCUGGAUACUUUGAGUUUGGACCGUUACUCUGUGGCAAGACCAGAGACAGAUACAAGGAAAACAGAUACCCAGAGAACACAGAGAGGCUGGUGAUUCAUAACAAUUCAGGUCUGGAGGCUGAGGUCGAGUUCCGUUUCCAGCACGAUACCCAAGCCACCACAUAUCUGCUGGACCCCCCGGCCAUGACUCUCAAACCUGACCAGAAACAGGAGUUGACAGUAUGGGCCUACCCAACAAAACUGGGACAAAUGAAGGACAGUGUUGUUUGCCAUAUCAAGGAUAAUCCAGAGCUUGUCAUCAUCAACCUCUCCUGCUGGGGAGUUUGGCCAGAGCUUGAGCUGGAAAGCAAGCAUUUGCACUUUGACAGGAUUUUGCUGCACAGGCGGGACAGCCGUAGUGUGACGCUGCAUAAUAAGACAGCACUGCCAGUAUCUUGGAGACUGCAGGGUGUGGAGGAGCUGGGUGAUGAGUUUAGUGUGCCACAGGAUCAGGGCAUCAUCUCGCCUAACUCCUCUUUCCCCUUGAGCUUGCACUUCAGGGCGAGGAAACCACUCCACAUUAAGAAGAUCUUACGUCUGGAGGUAUCCGAUGUGGAGAAGAUUUUAGGCAUCGUACACACCGAAAACAUAAAGGUCACUGUUGAAGCCUAUGAUAUAGCUCUGGAAAUCUUACCAGAUGGCUCUCUGGACUUUGGAACCAUCAAAGUCUUUGAAGAGACCAAACUAUCUCUCAGGAUGAAAAACCAAGGAAAAUAUGAAAUAGCCUACAAGUUUACAUUUCAGCAGACCGAGCCAAACCAGCCGAACCUAAGCUCCAUUUUCACGGUGUCCCCCAAGAGUGGCAGUCUAAUGCCCCAUGAGAAGCCCACAACAGUGCAGAUCUUCUGCAAACCCCAUACGGAAGUCUUCAUCAGAGAGCAACCUGUUCUGUCUUGCCAGGUGAUUGAACCCAACAUUGGGAAUGGAGGAGACAUUGCUACCUUAGCCAUCAAGGUUUCAGUGAAGUCUGUCUUCUCCAGGUACAAGAUCACACCUGCAUGUGACAUCAACUUCGGUCCACUGGUCUAUGGCUGCAAGAAAAGCCAGAGCUUCACUAUUGAGAACAAUGGAGUCUUUGAGACCCAUUUCACCAUCUGCCGCAUGAUCACGGACCCUGCUCCACCAGGGAGGCCAGGGGGUCCAGGUAAGAAGGUGCGUCAAGAGAGCCAUUCAGGGAGGGCCACUGAUGAUAGCAAAGCGAGACGUGAGUCCUUCCAGAAAGACACUAGAAUCACACAGAAUCGCCUCACCAUGGGGGUGUUCUCAGUUUCUCCCUGUACAGGGAGCCUGCAGCCAGGAUCUCAGCAGGUGGUGACAGUGAACUGUGCAGCUGAACAGCUGGGCAGCUGGAAACAGGGUCUGCUCAUCGACAUCACCGACCGUGACCCCUCAGACCAGCCUGAUGGCAUACCGUACAGUCUGCUGGCUGAAGUCUGCAAGCCAGGCAUUGCAUUAGAUGUGACCUCCAUCUUCGAGGAACACCAUCUGUGCCAGAACAGCAGUCAGCUCCUCUCCGAACAGUUUUGCAAUGCUGAAAGCGUUUACGUCUGUGACGAGAACAAGUUUAUUUUCAACAAAGUCCUGGUCGGGCAAACUGCUCAGGCCCGAUUCAAACUCACCAACAACAGCAAGGUGCCCUGUGUGCUCAACCUGGCCAUCAAACAUGUUGGCGCUAAGACGUCCCGCAACAUGGAGGUUUUUGAUUUGUCUGUUACAACACUGAGCAUUCCCAGCCAGUCACACACGUUCGCUGUGGUCACCUUCACACCCCAGUCAAUGCAGCUCUACAGUGCUGUGUUUGAGGCCACAAUAGAGGGGACUAGCAGAUCGAGAAUGACACCCACAUAUAAGAGCAAGGAGCUGGAGUUCAGCUUAAUGGGAGAGGGCAAUCUGCCCAGUGUGUGUGUGGUGUGUCCAGCUCUGAGAAACAAUGGAGGAAGUUCAAUGCUGCGGUUCAGACGGAUGUUGGUAGGGCGCAGACAUACCCUGCCCCUGGUGCUGCUAAAUGAUGGAAAUGUUCCAGCUCAGGUCCAGAUUGACAUGCUGGAUAAACAUGGAGUGUUCACCCUCAAAGCUGCUCCUGGCAACACUUGCAGCUCCAUCCACUCCACAAAGCUUGAGGGCACCACUGAUUCAGAGCAUCAGUUGGUGCACAGAGCCAUCCUGAGCCUGAACGUUAACAAGAAGGUGGAAUUUGAGGUCAGCUUCUGCUCUGACAAGCCCCUGAGUGUCGAGGCCAAGAUGUCACUGCAGGUGGAGGACAACCAGUACUGCAAUACCAUAAUACGAGUGACUGGAGAGGCUUAUCAGGAAAUCGUCUCUCUUGAAAACAUCAGCAGGUCAUUGCAGGACAUAGAUCAGGAAGAUGAUGAGGGAGGCAAUUAUGAGGUGCUGAAUUUUGGUGACUGCCAUGUAGAUCGUCCCUACCAAGAGCAAUUCACCAUGACCAACCACAGCAGCAGCCAGGUGGUGAGGUUUGAGUGGCCUCCUGCCGGGCCCCAUGUCUGCUUUUCACCGCAGGUGGGACACCUUCAUGCUGGUUGCUCUAAGGUAGUGACUGUCACCUUUUGCUCCAAUCAGCCAGUGACUCUGACCAGCCAGCCAAUGGGAUGCAAGGUUUGUGAGGUGGCAUUCCAGCAGCCACUAGAGCAGGUGGCUGACUGGGACGACCAACAGAGGACUGUGCAGUGGUUAAGUUCUUCCAAUCAGGCUUCCCCACAGCAGCAUGUGAAGAAUACGGUGAUGAAGACAGAUCCUGAGCCCUGCUGCUCUGUGGUAGAGGGCUCCCAGUGGGAGUUGGAAUUGAGUGUCAGCGCAGUUUGUGACUAUGUGAAGUUCAGCUGCAAUACCGACACCAUCCACUUCAAAGACACCAUGCUUUACCAAACCAGUCACCACCAAUGGCAGAUUGUGAAUCAUGGCACUGUCAAACUGCAGUUCUCCUUACAAGUCCUCAUGGAUCCAAGCAACAACACUGUCAAUGACCAAAAAGAUGAGACCCUUGCCUCUCAACCAGACAGCAGGUCAGCAGGAGUGUUAACUGAAGCCCGUCCUGCUAGCGCUCUGAUGUCUCUUCUGAAGAAUCCUGAGCUUCCUCCCAUCAGUGUUGAGCCCAACAUAGGGACUAUAGAGCCUGGUGCAGUACAGAAUUUUAGCAUUCGAUUUUCGCCCCAGGAGGUGGGCCAGUUUCAGGGCAAGCUGUUUUGCAGCAUUCCCAACUUGCAGGAUGGGAAUCAGGCUCCCUGUAUCUCAGUGUGUGGCCGCAGCUUGUUGCCCCACUGUCACUUUGACUUGGAGCACUCAGACUAUAUCAGUGGGAUCCGCUGCAACCCUGAAUUUAGGGGCUCUGUGGACCCUAACACCAGGGUCAUAGAGUUCAACGCUGUUGGCAUGUCUGUGCCGUCAACAAGAUGUUUUAGUGUGAUGAACCCAACCAGUGAACCCUACUCAUUCAAGUGGAGGUGUGAAGAUGCAGGUGGCAGCCCGUUCAGCUGCCUCACCCCAUGUGGUACAAUCCUGCCUGGAAAGAAAGUGGAAGUGUGUUUUGAAUAUGUAGCUGAGCAGCUGGAAGUGGUGGAGUCAUUCUGGAGCUUUGUGAUUGAGACUCUGUCACUGUCUGUCCCCUUCCUGUGUGUGGGCACCAGUAGAGAACCCCUUGUCUAUCUCGACAGACCUCAUCUUGACUUUGGAGAACUGCUUGUUGGUCGCAAAGUGGAACAGAUAGUGGAUGUGGUGAAUGGAGAGGAGGAGCCCUUUCACUUCUCUGUCAUGAAGUCAUCUCUUCUCUCUAAUGACCAGCAGUCCAGCCUCAUUUUGCAGCCCAUGGCUGGCACAGUGGCACCCAAAGACAGGUUGCCAUUAUCAGUGUCCUUCUCACCUUGCUGCGAGGGCUGCGUGAGCUUCAGAUUGAUUCUGAGGGUGAAGAGGAAGUCAGAGCCACUUGCACUCACAGUUAAGGCAGAUUGUUUCACCAUGAACACUUCUGUUCAAAUCGAGGAGCCAGGCGGAGGCCUCAGAGAGAUCAGCCCUAAACACCAACACACUCUGGACUUUGGAAAGGUGGAGAUUUCAGGGCAAUCCAUCUUUAAUUUCCUGGUGUCCAAUCUGUCAAGAUUUAGCCUGGAAGUGAACUUUGACCUAACAGGAUCCAGCGAGCUGCUGCAACACUUGGAAGCAAAACCACAAAAUUCUACUAUAAAGGUUGGGAAGCAGCUGCAGUCAACCCUCUUCUUUUGUCCCCAGAGCAUUUGUAACCUUCAGGACAUCAGACUGAGUAUCAAGGUAAAACACGGGCAAACAUUUACCUUUCCCAUUAAAGGCAGGGCUGUAGCACCUAGCCUUGAAUUCUCCUUCACCAAGUACAAUUUUGGCAAGUGCUUCCUGUACUGUCCUGGCAUGGUGCCAGCCUCCCAGACUCUAGUGAUCAGCAACAAAGGCGAAAGGGACAUCAGUGUCCAGUGCCAGUUCAGGAACACCUCUUACCUAGAGAUGGACUUCCAACCAGAUAUUUUGUCCCCCGGUACUAUGAUGGAGGUACCAGUCAACUUCUAUCCUCGUGAGGCGUGUCGUUACCAUGAAAAACUCACCUUCAUCUUAAACAGCUGUGUCAGGAAACAUGUGGACAUACUGGGGCAUGGCAUUGAGAUGAAGCUGGGGGUGGAGGAUCCCAGGCAGAAGAAAGUGAAACUGGGAUCUCUGCUGUUGGGUCAGAAGGUGAAGAAACAAGUGGUUCUGGUCAACCGCAGCACUUUAGACCUUUCCUUUACCCUGCAGCUCAACACAAACAUAGCGCUGGACCCAAAGGAUCUGUCAUUCAGUCCAGCAGGUGAGCUGAGCCUCAAAGCUGGCGGUGGUUCAUGUACUGUUGACAUCCAGUUCUCACCUUGUCAGCACAUCCCUCCUUUCAGUGCUGAGCUGCAGGCAGAUUUAGCAGGCCUGUUACACCCCCUGCUGUCCAUCCAUGGCUGCUGCCAGGGUGUGGAGGUCCAGCUGGACCAGGACCACCUAGCCUUUGGAGCUGUAGUCCAGCGCUGCCAGGCCAGGAGGACGAUUGUCUUGAUGAACACUGGGGACACUGGUGCCAGGUUCCAGUGGAAAACCAAGACUUUUCCUCCAGAGUUGUCCAUCAAACCAGCUAAAGGCUACAUCUGUCCACGAAUGGAGGUUCCUUUUGAAGUGACUUUUGCUCCUGUGGAACUGAGUAAUGACACAAGAUACGAGAACCUGUCUUGCUUCGUGGAGGGCUUCCCCUCACCUGUUACCCUCACAGUGACAGGCUCCUGCAUUGUAGCCUCCACGGGCACAGAGGUGGUGAAUUUUGUUUGCCCAGUACGUGGCUCCCACAUCCAGACAUUGCACGUGUUCAAUCCCACAAACCAGCACUGCAGCAUCAGACCUGUUCUCGAGGGCGAGCAGUGGAGCGCUGCACCCUCCUUGACAUUUGAACCCCUCCAAAACAAGAUGUAUGAGAUCACCUAUCGGCCACUGACCAUGACUGCUGACGGAAAGAAUCAUCUGGGAUCAGUCUUUUUCUCCUUCCCUGAUGGGACAGGCAUGCUGUACUCCCUGCAGGGAACUGCUGAGCCUCCCAAGGCAGAGGACACCAUUGUGCACAAACUGCCUGCCAAGACUCACCACACACAGUUGCUCCCUGUGCACAACUGGCUCUCCAAGCAACAGAGGUUCCGUGUGCUGAUAGAGAUGCUGAAACCUGACAAGCCAGAUGCUACGGUGUCCCUCAAGGGUUUCGAAUAUAUUGAUGUCCCUGCCUUAGCUAAAAGAGACUACAAGAUGUCUUUCUUUGCAUACAGAGAGGGGCAGUACAGCACCAAGGUGACCUUUCGUAAUGUGGUGUCUGGUGAGUACUUGUUCUACCUCGUUACCUUCGAGGCUACAUCUCCAGACGUCCUGUCCACCAUACAGCUGGUGACUGCUGUUCGUCAGACGGCCUCAGCCACCCUACAGGUGGAGAACCCGCUGACCACAGCUACCUGCCUCAACACUGAGUGUAAAUGCCCUGACAUCAGUGCUCCACCUCAGCACACUGUGCCAGGACAGUCCAAGGGUUCUCUGAGCUUUGAGUACCAGCCCCUGCAUGUAGGCGAGUCUACAGCCCGGCUGACUCUGUGCAGUAAUGAUCUGGGCUUUUUCCACUACGAUCUGCUUCUCAGAGCUCUGCCCCCACCACCAGAGAAAACUGUCCACUUCAACACUUCUCUGGGCAGCAGCCAUUCCCUUCUUGUUCAGUUCAUCAACUAUUCCCGCAUCAAAACUGAGUACUCAUGCAAGACUGAUUGCCCAGACUUCACAGUCGACAAGAGUGUCGUUGUUUCUCCUGGUUUCCAGGCGGGCUCAGAGGCCAGCGUGGAGGUUUCCUUUGAACCUCAUCGGCUGGGGGAAGUUAGGGGUCAGCUCAACCUGUCCUCAGGAAGUGGUGGCGAAUACAUCUUUCCCUUACAGGGGAUCUGCCUCCCUCCCAAAGCCCAGGGCCCAUUUAGCAUCAGGGCUGGUCGCAAUGUCACUAUCCCCUUCAAGAACAUAUUCCUGCAGACCACCGCUUUCUCUUAUCAGGUGGACAAACCCUGUUUUACUGUCAAAGGGGUGGACACCAUCCUCUCCAAAAGGACUCAGAACAUCCUGAUAUCCUUCGAGGCCCCUCCAGGAGGCUCUCCGGGGCCGUGGUUCGGCAAGCUGACAAUCUCCAACCAGGGCUCUGAGGGCCACAGCAAACCUUGUUUUUGGGUUUAUUACCUGAAGGGGUACCGGCCUGGGUCCUCUUAG